CUCUCAUUCCCCAAACCUUGAAUCCUUGAUCGCAAGCAAAGGCAAAAGAUCGAUCCCAUCAAUGGAUAUGUCCAUAGAUUCGCCUCACUCCAACGGCGACGCCUCCCCCGUAUCGAUCAAGCUGAGCAACCUCGCGGAGUCGCUGAAGCUCGAGCACCAGCUCUUGAGGGUCCCCUUGGAGCAUUACAAGAAGAUGAUCAGGGUCAACCAUCGGAUCGCCGAGAAGGAAGUUUCGGCCGUCAUUUCGAGCGUUUCGGCCGCCGCCGAUCGGUGCGAGGAUAUGACGAGCGAGGAGGCGGUUACGCAUCUCACUUCGCUGGUUUCGAGGCUCCAGGGGCUUAAACGCAAGCUAGAAGAAGGAAGCAAGGUUGAGGCCUUGCAAGCACAGAGAUGCCGAGCUAGAUUGGAACACUUGGAAAGUGCAAAUGCAGAUAAUUUGAAUGAGUGGAACGAUACUAGGUUGAAACGAAUCCUUGUCGACUAUAUGUUGCGUAUGUCCUAUUAUGAUUCUGCUGUUAAGCUUGCAGAAAGCAGCAAUAUACAGGACCUUGUUGAUCUUGAUGCUUUUCUUGAGGCAAAAAAGAUAAUUGAUUCUCUUCAUAAUAAGGAAGUAGCUUCUGCUUUAGCUUGGUGUGCGGAAAACAGGUCCAGAUUGAAGAAAGCAAAGAGUAAAUUUGAGUUUCAAUUGAGGCUUCAGGAAUUUAUAGAAUUGGUUCGAGCUGGCAGCACCCUUCCAGCUAUUGAAUAUUCUCGAAAGUACCUUGCACCUUGGGGAGCUACACAUAUGAAAGAACUACAACGAGUCAUGGCAACUUUAGCUUUUAGGAGCACUACUGAAUGUGAGAUUUACAAGGUUUUAUUCGAGGCAAAGCAAUGGGACUAUUUAGUUGAACAGUUUAAGCAGGAAUUCUGUAGAUUGUUUGGCAUGACCCUUGAACCUCUACUGAAUAUCUAUCUUCAAGCUGGAUUAUCAGCUCUUAAAACUCCUUUUUGUUACGAAGAGGAUUGUCCCAAGGAAGACCCACUGUCACAGGAGGGCUUCCGCAAAUUGGCAGCGCAAUUGCCAUUCUCAAAACAGCACCACUCCAAGCUAGUUUGCUACAUUACCAAAGAGCUCAUGGAUAGCGAGAACCCACCACUUGUUUUACCCAAUGGUUAUGUGUACAGUGCCAAGGCACUUGAAGAAAUGGCUAAGAAGAAUGAUGGCAGAGUGACGUGCCCUAGGACUGGCGACGUGUGCAAUUACACUGAGCUUGUCAAAGCUUUCAUUUCAUAGAGGAGUUAGCCGUCUCUCUCGGUUUGGACAGAAUGAUCUGCAUGUUGUAUACUCUUAUAACUUCGCGUUCGUUGUUUAAUGUUUGAUCUUCUUGUACAAAGCAUCUGAAGCAGGCCUCCUCCGAUGGCAUUGUAGUUAAACUGGUUGAACUAAACAAUAUGAUGAUCAGAAUCAGAAUCUUUCAAAAUAUAAGUCUCUGAGUUCAUUUAUCUCGAA